AUGGCAUUCGAUAUACUAAGUGAGAGUACUAGCAUCGUUUCGACUCCGCGCUCACUGAGUGCGCGCUCGACACCGGAGGGCGCCGUCGCUAAAGCGCGAUACUACGGGCUCGCCUCGGGCGGCGCGAACCAAUUACCCGCCGCCGCCGAGCGGGCAUUUACCCCCCUCCGUCUCUCCCCACUUCACACACCCGGCCGCCUCGUUCACGACGCGCCGCAGAAUUACUUAUCUCCUCGCACCGCUGUUGCCCUGGUACUCUGCCGCCAGCCGUACGCCCGCAAUGCGAAUGCGCCGCAGCUUUUUGUCGCACGAUCUCACCAAGCAUAA